UUGUCUUUUCCAGUUUCAUGGGGUCUCUGCUCUUGUACAAGUUCUUAAUUACUGCUCACUCGAUUGUGCGUUUGAUCAUGUUUAUGUGCUGUCUGUGUAAAAUAUGUAGAAUAAACUAAGGGUUCAAAUCAUCAACCUGCUUAUUGCAUGUAUGCCGUUUUCAGGGGCUUUUCUUUAUUUAUGUUUGUUAGGAUGCUUACAAGUCAAAAUUUAUGGGGAUAUUAAUUAAUUACUUAAGUAAGAUCACCAUCUGCAAAUUUGUUUUGGAUAACAAGAGAACAAAGGGCUCAGAAGUGGUUUUAGGAUUUUUAAGUCCACAAAUGUGAAAUACCACCAACUACCCUUCUUUUACUGCAGGUGCGAAAUUAAUAAAAAAAUAUGUAUUUUUGAGUUUUCAUUAUGUAUAGAGGGGCCGAGUAGAAGGCACUGUGUUAACCACUAUAUAGGUUUCUUGGAUUCCGUCUGAUAAAAAAUGAAUCAGAAAUUAUAAGUCUGAACAGUUGUUAUGAACUAUCUUUACUUGAUUUCAUGCUUGCGGAACAAAAUAAUUGAUCAUGGUGUUUCUUUUUUGAGAAUGGUAACGGUAAAAUAGUUGAUCAUGGUAUUGAUCUCUGUCAACUAUACUUGGAUUUAGGGGUACUAACGAUUUUAUUAUAUCAAUUCGUAAAAAAAGCUAGAUGAUGUUUUGUGGUUUGUCUAAGUCAUGGUGAACAGAGUAACCUGGUACCUCUACUAUUGAGAGGUAAUAGGUACCUGGUACUUUAGUCAAGAUGCACCGAGUUGUCCCGAGUACAACCGUUGUUAAGAAAAAGAAUUUUAUUUUGCUAAGAGUAGUUUUUUUAGUAAAUAAAAAAGAUUCAUUGAUAAAGCAUCAAUGCAUUGUCAAAACCAUGACUAGCUUAUUUCUGUGUUGGGACUUUGAGAGUUUUACAACUAUUCUCGUCUUACUGACUUUCUUUUGGUUGGAUAAACCUAAAUAACUACCUACUUAAUAGUUUUAUGCCUAAGAUAAGGUUGUGUGCGUGGUGUUUCCAGUUUUAAUUUGAUAGUGAUUAGUCACUUAUAUAUGAAUGUGUUGUGACUUAGAAAUGUCUACAUUAAUAAAUGAAAGGUUUGAAUCUGAUGAUAGCUCUCCAUGAGAAAUUUGCAAACUACAAGUUUCCCAACCAUUUUACUGUAGGUGACUUUUGUUUGGAUAAACCUGAAUAACAAUAUAAUAUAUAGUUGAUCUCAUUCUCAUGUCAUAUUGGAAGGUUACAUUCUCCCAUAGAACCUUAUCAUCAUUUGUAAGUAGGUGACAUUUCAUAGAAGUAUGCACACAACCCCUAGCAAAGACACAAUUACAUGAAAGCAUGUCUUUAUUGGUCUAUAACUAAGUAGACCAAAUGACCAAUCAUGUAAAGUCGCGAUGCUUAUCCUUCACAAGUAGUACAACGAAUUUUAAAAUUUAGAAUGAGAGAAGCACUAGAAUUUCCUCAGUAUUGAUUAGUUGGAGAAUUCAUAAAGUUUCUUUUUAUCGCCUAAAACCUAGCAAACUUUGUGUGGGAUACGACAGAGGUUGCUCCACUGCUAAGAGCAUCCAUUUUCAUCUCGGGAAUUUGAGUUAUCCAAGGGAAAGGCAAAAACCAUUGAUAGCCCUUACUGAAAAGGAUGUAAAUGAGGUUCCCAAGAAAUUUGGGGGUAUUAAAAAAUGGCCAACUUAGAACACCUUCAGCCUCUUGUAUGUGAGAAUGGGACUUCAAUAAUUAAAGCUGGAUUUGCUGGUGAUGAUGCUCCAAGGCUGUAUUUCCUAGUAUUGCUGGUUGACCACAGCACACUGGCGUUAGGUUUGGGAUGGAUCAUUUGGAAUUUUAUGUUGGUGAUGCAACCAACUCAAGGAGGGGUAUCCUCACCUUGAAAUACCCAACUGAGGAUGGAAUAGUAGGCAACUGGGAUGAUACGGAGAAGAUCUGGUAUCACAUCUUUUAAAAUGAGCUAGGUGUCAAUCAACCGAACCCUGUGCUGCUCUCUGAAGCACCUUUGAAUCCUAAGGCUAAUAGAAAUAAAAUGAUCCAAAUCAUGUUUGAAACUUUCAACGUGCCUUCCAUGUACCUUCCAUGUACGUUGCUAUUCAGGUUAUCUUGUCUAUUUAUCCCAGUGGCCAAAUCACAGGUGAGAAACGAGUCCUACCCUUACUAUAAAAUCAGAUUUUGAUGGGUUAAAUAAGGUGAUUUUUGGAAGUUACUUUUAUUAAAUUCAUAUAACUCUGAGAUGAAGAAGCCAGUGGUCUUGGCUCAUUUUAAGUUUUGUCUUUUGUUGCUAACUUGGUUUUUAUUUGUAUCUUGUCUAAUGGAUGUAAAGCUUGUUCUUUUAUGCUUUAGGGAAUGAUUGACAAGAAUGUAUUAUAACUUCCAAAUAUCAACUUUUAACUCUCAUCAUGAAGUGCAAUGCAGAUCUUAGGAAGGAUUUUUAUGAUAACAUUGUCCUUAGUGGUGAAGGAACUACAUUUCUUGAUAUCACUGAUUGUUGAGCAAGGAAAUUACCGCCUUGCAGCUCCCAGUAGCAUGAAGAUCAAGGUGGUGGCACCCCCUGAAAGGAAGAACAGAGUCUGGAUUGGAGGAUCAAUUUUAGCUUCUCGCAACACCUUCCAACAGGCAUACAAGGAUCAUUGCAAGUUAGUCACCUGGAAAACAGACAUUUUUACUCUUCAAUGGUGCUUUACCCUUCGGAGGAAGUCCAAAAUAUUAGUCAUUAUAGGUGUAGCAGCAGGAAAGAAGCUAGAUAUUUGAGGUGGGAGACUCCAAGGCCACCAUUGAAUCCCUUCCAUACCAUACCUUGCAAUUGGGUCAAACAGAAUUGGACCUUCUGGAUUCUGUUUGUGCUCGCAACAAAGGUGGAAACAGUUAAAGAUUCUGCUGCUGCUGAUGAAAAACUAGCGGGUUAGGAAAAAGUGUCCAUGGGCAUAUUGUAGGUGGGAGAGAUUUAAAGGUGUCACCAUGGCAGUGGGUAAGCUGGAAAGGUAAGAUGGUGAACUUUUAUUUGCUGUUGUUUCAUACAUUGGAGAGGAUGCUUCUUCCAUCUUCAGCAGUAUCGGAACAAAGCAUUCAUUAGUUUUACCAAAGAAGAAGUGGAAGGCUAUCGCAUAUUCCAAUGCCUGAGAAAGAUUGUAAAAGAUGCAAGACUUGGUGAUAUACUGUGGCGAGGUACUUAUUUUGAGGUUGCUGAACAUCCACCUCUUGUAGAUUUGGUGGAUGUUUCUGAUAAUGCUGAGGACGAUGUUAGGAAAACUUUUAGCUUGGAACAUUUGUUUUACCAUUUUAGAUUUCUGAAUCGAAUUUUACCUUCCUCUUUAUUAGUAUCUUCAAUGACCCUUGUGGUUGGUUUAUAACACUGACAAUGAUUCUGAUGCUCCGAGCUUCCUGUAGUCAGGUCCUCUAAGCCUCACAGCUUCGAGAGAUGCUGGCAUGGAAGGUCAAAGCAAUGACAGCAGAGAUGAUUAUACACUUGAUGAAGUCUUAAUAUGUCAUAGGAUCCUGACAGAGGAAGAAUUACGAGGAAGAACUUGAAUUCCUGGGUCCUCGUAGUUCCUCGAAACUCUUGCCUCGUAGUGGAGAGAAAAUGCUCAUUGACCUCUAGAUGUAAAUCAAGUUCUUGCUGGUACUGGGGAGGGAGAGAAGGCUAGAGAAUUGCUGGGUCAUAGGUAGCUCAACUUGGCUGGAAGAAGCUCUAUAACUUCAGAAUGUGAUGUUAGAACUAGAAAGAAGCAACUUGAGUGGUAAAAAAAGUCAACCACAUCAAGGACAAGGAUCUGCGGGAGUUGAGAAAAGAAAAGGAGUGCAUGAUGCUUGAGAAUUAAUUGUCUGGAAUUGGAGAUAAAACAACAAGAAAUGGAUGCUCAAUCCAAGUGUAUAUCAGCUGACAUUUUGCUGUUUUUGUUUCAGAUCAAUGCAAGUUAAUCACCAACAAAGCGAUUCCCCUAACCAGGGCUCAGGGGAUUUGCAGCAUGCUCUGGAAGGUGCCGCAUCCUUUGGUUUUAGCAACAUGCAUGACAUGAACCAACAAGUGUUGUCUCUAGAUGCUAUCGAAACCAGUAGACUUGAUGUGUAUGAAGCUUAUAAUGAGAGGUCAGAUGAUGUAGAAGAAGUCACUGUACGUCGUGAAGAGAAACCGCCAGUUGUGUAUCGGCGUACAAGAUGGAAGAUGAAUAAAGAGAAACAGCCUGUUGUAUACAGUCGUAUGAAAUGGACAGAUGAGAUGGUUAAGCUUUUGAUCACUGCUGUUUCUUACAUCGGAGAAGAUGUUUGGUCCAAUGGGAUAUUCCCAAAGAAAGGUAAAUGGAGGGCUAUUUCCAAUGCUAUGGCUGAAAGUGGUCAUCAUGUCUCACCUCAGCAGUGUGAGGAUAAGUUUAAUGAUCUGAACAAAAAGUUCAAGAGACUGAAUGAUAUUCUUGGGAGAGGCACUGCAUGUUGUGUUGUGGAGAACCCUGGCCUUAUGGAAAUGAUGGACCUGACUCAUGAUGCGCAGGAGGAAGUGAAGAAGCUUUUAAGUAGCAAACAGUUGUUCUAUCAAGAAUUGUGCUCAUACAACAACCAAAAUAGAUUAUUCCUUCCCGAUGAUCGGGAACUCCAGCGAUCUGUGCUGUUGGCUCUCAAACGUAAGGACAGGUAUGAGCCUGAAUAUGUUGUGCAGGAUAUGUCUGCAAAGAGAAAGAUAGUCGGGGAAGAAAGAGUUUCCAAUGUGGUCUGUGCAUUCAUUAAUUCAGAUUGUAAUGUGCUUAAUCCCAACAGCAAUGGGAUUCAUGAUUAUACUAACAAUGAGGAGGCAGAGACAUUGCAGAAUGAGCAGCAGAUUAUGCAUCAGUUACUGCAGUUGGAAGAACAGAAGUUACAAAUUAAGGCCCAAAUUCUGGAACUGGAGAAGCAGAGAGUCAAGUGCCUGAGGUUCCGCCGGAGAGAAGACAGGGAGCUACAAGAACUGAAGCUGGAAAAUAAGGCUAUGAUGCUUGAGAAUAAGCGCAUGGAGCUUCAGCUCAAGCGCUGUGAAACAAGUCUUCAGACUGAAUAAUCUAUUAGCAUAUGUUUUAGCAAGGCGCCACAUGCUGCAGAAUACGCAGUCUGUAAUUUUCUUUCUAUUAGUAAGCCCUUGCCUGUUACCCUUACAACGUACCUUUUGUCUCCUGCUUCCUGUUUGCUUUCUUUUGGUGUAAGACGCAAAGUCGUAACUUUCAUGGUGUGGUAGUUGAUUUAUCCUGUUGACACUUUGUUGGGUGUUUGCUACAUGAAAUCUUUAA